AUGGACGGCACACACAACGGAACGGACUCCGGCGGCCCCCGGCUCGGGGGGCUCGAUCUGGCGGAGGCGGGCGUCCUCGCCUCGUGCGUGGAGGCGAUCCUGCUCACCACGGACAAGCCGAUCGGGGCUGGCAAAAUCGCCCAGGCCCUGACGCUCGAGGGCGAGGGGACCAAGGCUCGGGUCGAGGGGGCGAUCGAGUCGCUUAACAAUCAAUAUGAAGAGACCGGGCGGUGCUUCCGGAUCCGGAUGAUCGCCGGCGGGUACCGCGUGGUCACCGAGCCGGAUUUCGCGCCGGCGCUGCUCUCCAUGCACGGGAUGCGGCAGAGCUCCAAGCUCUCCAAGCCGGCGCUGGAGGCGCUGAGCAUCGUCGCGUACCGCCAGCCCAUUACGCGCUCGCAGAUCGAGGCGAUCCGCGGGGUCUCGUGCGGCGAGGUGCUCAAGUCGCUCCUCGAGCGGCGGCUCAUCGACAUCACGGGCCGCGCGGAGGAACUCGGGCGGCCCAUGCUCUACGGCACGAGCAAGCACUUCCUGGAGGUCUUCGGGCUGGGGUCCGUGAAGGACCUGCCGGAGGUGGGGGACAUCCCCGAUCUCCCCCGUGCGAACGCGCGGGCGUCGGAGGAUGCCGCGGACGCGGGGGCGGUCGCCGAACUCGGCGAGGUGGAACCGAAGGGGUCGCUGCGCGACGAAGCGGGGGAGGAACCGGACCGGGAGGCCACGGCGGAGGCGGAGGGCGACGCGGUCAUCAAAUUGUGCGCGACGGCGCUGCUGCUUGUACUUGUUGGUGUCGUUCUUUCGGGGUGCGAGUCGUACGCGAUGCGCGGGCACGUGAUCCGCGGCGACGUGAGCUACGUGGAGGUCGUCUCGGCGGACGACGCGCGUCUGCUGGAGCCGGGGCUGCCCGGGGCCCGCGUCGGGGCGCACCUGGACCCGUCGAAGCUCAACCGAAAGUUCCUGGGCUCGACGAUCUCGGACGGGAACGGCGAUUUUUCGCUCCCGGUCGACGAGGUCGGCGCGGGGUGGCUCGAGUACGACAUCUCGGUCGUGGGCUACAAGGACGGGUACAUGGGCGUGGAGCAGUUCUUCCGCAUGCCGCCCAAGGAGAAGCGUCUGCUGGUGAUCCUGGCGCCGGGUCGGGACCCGGAGCCGCCCAGCUUCCGCGACCGCGAGAGCCUCUUCGACGAGGCCGAUCGGCGACGGUACCACGCGCAUCUCCCGGGCUUUGUCUUCACGGUCGCGACGAUCUUCAUCGGCGUCGGCGCGUUCAAUUCGCAGAACAACCUGCUGUUUUUGUUCUUCGGGUUCGCGAUCAGCUCGAUGGUGGCGUCGGGCGUGAUCAGCGGGUCGAUGCUCAUGCGGCUGCGCGCCGAGCGGAUCGGCGUGACGCGCGGGCGCGUCGGGGGCGAGGUGGUGAUCCGGUACCGCGUGCGGAACGCGGGCCGUCGCGGCCCGGCCUUCGCGGUGGUCGUGGAGGAGCUGGGCGAGCCGGGGUGGCGCGGGGUGAUCGGGCGGAGCGCGGGGUUCCUGCCGCACGUCCGGGCGAAGGGGGAAGAGGUGAUCGGCGUCCGUUUCCCGGCGCUGGCGCGGGGGGUCGGGGAGCUCUCCGCGGUGGAGCUCUCAAGCCGUUUCCCGUUCGGGUUCAUGCGCAAGAGCGUGAUGUUCGAGACGCGGUCGAAGGUGAUCGUGCACCCGGCGGUGCACGAGCUGCGCGACGACGCGCUGCGGGGCGUCGCGUCGCGGGAGCGUGGCGAGCACGUGAGCGAGCGGGAGCGGGGUCUGGGCGGCGAGUUCUACGCGCUGCGCGAGUACGUGCCCGGCGACGCGCCGUCGCGCGUGGCGUGGCGGGCGAGCGCGCGGCACCGCUCGCUCCUCGUCCGCGAGGAGACACGGAUCGGCGCCCGGGCGUACGACAUCGUCCUCUCGCUCACCGGCAAGCCGGGGGAGCGCGACGCGGACGAGCGCGCGAUCACCCUCGCGGCGAGCAUCGCGUCGUGGGCGCUGCGGUCCGGCGCGCCGGUGUCGCUGAGCGUGCCGGGGUUCGGCGUCGCGGUCCCGCGCGACGGCUCGCGCGGCCACCUGGCGCGCGUGCUCGACGCGCUG